UCCGGGCAGGGCCGCUGGGUGCUCUGUGCCAUGGCGGCCCUGCGGUCGGAUCCCGAGCUGGCCCGGCAGCUCUUUUUCGAGGGCGCGGCCGUGGUGGUGCUGGACGUGCCCGAGGGCACCGAGUUCGGCAUCGACUACAGCGCGUGGGCCGUGGGGCCGCGGUUCCGCGGCGUGAAGAUGGUGCCGCCCGGGCUGCACUUCGUGCACUGCAGCGCGGCCGGCACCGGCGGGCGGAACGCGGGGCCGCGCUCUGGCCGCUUUCUCAGCCUGCAGCGCCGCGAGGUGCGGGUGCUGCGCUGGGACCCCGCGGGUGAGGCCGUGCGGCCCGAGCCGCCCGAGCAGGGCGAGGCGCUGCGGGACAGCCUGCGGGAGCUGGACCCCUUCCUGGGGCCCUACCCCUACGAGACGCUGAAGAAGUGGGUGUCGCUGAGCAACUUCAUCAGCGAGGCGGCGGCCGAGGAGCUGCAGCCCGAGAGCGGCCAGAUCUGCGCCUUCGCCGAGGUGCUGCCCGAGGCGGCGGGGCGGCACACGCGGGACCGCGCCGGGCAGCGCCGGCCGCCGCUGGGCGCCGAGUGCCGCAGCUAUGCCGAGGGCCUGGCCCGGCUGCCCCGCAUGCGGCCGCGGGCCGGCACCCAGAUCCGCUUCUCCGAGCUGCCCCGGCAGGCCUUCCCCGACGGGGCCACCCCCGAGGAGAUCACCCGGCACAGCAUGGACCUGAGCUACGCCCUGCAGCGGGUGAUGGAGCAGCGCUACCCCGACCGGCCGCUGGGCCUGCUCGCUGAGUUGCAGUUUGCCUUCAUCUGCUUCCUGAUUGGGAAUGUGUAUGAUGCCUUUGAGCACUGGAAGAGGCUUCUGAACAUCCUGUGCCGCUCAGAGGAGGCCAUGGGGAAGUACCAGGACCUUUACAUCAGCCUCAUUUCUGUGCUCUAUCACCAGCUCAAUGAGAUCCCAGCAGAUUUUUUUGUGGACAUUGUCUCCCAGGACAACUUUUUAACCAGCACCUUACAGGUGCUGUUCUCCAGCAUGUGCAGCUCUGCUGUGGAUGAGGCUCUGAGGAACAAGGCUGAGAAGUUCAAGGCUCACCUGACAAAGAAAUUCAGAUGGGACUUUGAGGCAGAGCCUGAUGACUGUGCCCCUGUGGUGGUCGAGCUGCCUGAGGGUGUGCAGGUGGACUGAGCCAAAAGCCCCCUUAGGAGCAAACAGCUUCUAAAAUGACCCUUUCUUUCUCUUCUCCAACCCUGCCAGCUUCUUGAGGGCUGUGUCUUGAAGCUGAUCCUCUUUCUGCUGGAGAAACAGAUGUGGGAAACCCAGGAGGAUGCUGAGCUUUGUGACGGGCCCAGAGGUGUUGAAGGAGUUUGAGUGUUGCUAUGUGGCAGCUUUGGAGGUUGGGGUUUUCGCAGCCCUCCUGCAGUGUGUCCUCCUGACAGACAAAGGCACAGAACCAUUAAAGUUCCAAAAGACCUUUUGA